CACGUCUCAGGAAAGUAUCCCAGAAUGCAAGUGUCGGUCCACUGCUUCACGUAAAUGGCGACCAUGCAAUGAUGGACGAGGGCCCUUCAACACAAAAUCAUACAGGUCAACUGGGACCUCCCAGUGGCUCCCUUGGUGUGGGUGGUAAGAUGACCCAAGAGGACCAAAACCAAAGACCACAGUAUUCUAUUCCCGGGAUAUUACACUUCAUACAGCAUGAAUGGGCAAGGUUCGAGAUGGAAAGAGCGCAAUGGGACGUUGAGAGAGCCGAGUUACAAGCAAGGAUAGCAUUUCUCCAGGGGGAGAGAAAAGGACAAGAGAACCUCAAGAAUGACUUAAUAAGAAGGAUAAAGAUGUUAGAGUUUGCACUGAAACAAGAAAGGGUAAAGCUGCACAAGCUCAAGUAUGAAGCAGAUCCAAACCCUGCGGAGUUAAAGGCACCAGUGUUUGACGACAUGAGCAAAGAUGAGCCCAUGGAUGGGGAAACGUUAAUCACCAGCAACAGUAAUGUCUCUUGGAAGCAGGGACGACAAUUAUUACGGCAAUACCUUCAAGAGAUAGGCUACACAGACACAAUCCUAGACGUGCGGUCAGCGAGGGUGCGCACUCUCCUCGGACUGAGCGGAGGAAAUGCGGGAGGGGCCCUGGACGACAAGCAGCACCACGUCACGGUCAAUGGCGGCGGAACGGCGGGGGAACAGCAACUCAAGAGACCCUCCGACACGCAGAGGAGAGUUCCGGGCAAGAAGAUGCCAAACGUCGCGGAAAACACGUUACUCGACGCGGAGGCCUCCGUACUGGCAACAUUUGAUUUUUUAUCCACGGAGAAUGUUGACAUGGAGGACGAAGACGAAAAUUUUAGCGACGAAAUGGAGGACGCAACAUCGGCAGACGACGAAGCUGAAGAGAGGAUGGACAGCCGAAGGAUUAAGUCAAAAACAAUGGGGUCAGGGGACGAGCUGGGGGAGGCAGACACGGAAAACGUCCUGACGGAGUUUGACUACCUCGGCCCGGACUCUGGGGAAGGAAGCAGGGAAGUGCGCAACCAGGGUGACGGAUCAAAUUGGGAGGGCAGCUCAGAGGGAGGGUCCGACGAGGACGAUGACGACGUGGAAGGAGAUUGGCGCCCUCGAGAGAUUUCCCAGAUGGUGGAGCAGUACCGCGCAGAGCGCAAGCCCAAACACAAGGGUGCAUCCCAGAGACCCAAGCGGUCAGCCUUGCAAGCCAUGCUGGCCUCUCUGUCGACCCCUCCGGGCGCCACGGAGGAAUCUCCCAACGCUCCCAAGGCUGAACACGCCACUGGGAACGCUCCUUCCGAAGGAGACUCCGUGGAUAGCUGGAACGGUGGCCCAGCUCCUGCGAUUGUGGUGCGCCGUCUUGCGCUCGAUAACUAUCUGGACGGUGCAGAAGCAGACGACGGCGGCUCCCGACGUCCACUGAUGGGAGGCCCAGGAGUGGAUGAGGACAACAUCGACGCUGCCCUGGGUCUCGGGGAGUUGGCAGGCCUUACAGUCAACAACGAGGCAGAAUCAGGCUACGACAUUUCUGCAACAAAGGAAUCAUUUAGGAAAACAUGGAAUGCCAAGUACACUCUACGAAGCCACUUCGAUAGUGUUCGGGCAUUGGCAUUUCAUCCGGUGGAGCCCGUGCUCAUUACAGCCUCCGAGGACCAUACCUUGAAGCUGUGGAAUUUACAAAAGACCGUACCUGCGAAGAAGACCACAGCCCUGGAUGUAGAACCGGUUUACACAUUUAGAGGUCACGUGGGUCCCGUGUUGUGCCUGGCAAUGUCUGCAACGGGGGAGCAGUGCUUCAGCGGAGGACUGGACCACACGAUUCGGUGCUGGAACGUGCCCAGCUCUACCAUCGAUCCUUACGACGCCUUUGAGCCCGGGGUGCUGUCAGCAACGCUAAAGGGUCACACGGAUGCAGUGUGGAGCCUGUCGAUGCACGCCGCCAAGCUCCAGCUGUUGUCGUGUGCGGGUGAUGCCACGGUUCGGCUCUGGGCGCCCCUCAGCAAGGUCCCCCUCCUACACACCUACACGUCCGAGUCCAGUGAUGGCAUCCCGACUUCCGUGGACUUUGUCCGUUCAGAUCCGACCCAAAUGACGGUGGCCUACACGUCGUCUCACUGCGUGCUGUUCGAUCUCGAGACUGGGAAGCCAGUGCUGCGAUUGGAUAGCGAUCAGAAUCCGGAUGCGAGUGCCCUGAGCAAGCAGAUCAACUGCGUGGUGAGCCAUCCAACGUUGCCGUUGACCGUGACGGCGCACGAGGACCGUCACAUUCGCUUCUUCGACAACAACACGGGUAAAAUGGUGCAUUCCAUGGUAGCCCACCUGGAUGCUGUAACCAGCCUGGCAAUUGAUCCCAACGGCCUGUACCUCCUGUCAGGAAGCCACGACUGUUCGAUCCGGCUCUGGAACCUGGACAACAAGACCUGUGUCCAGGAGAUCACCUCUCACCGGAAGAAGUUCGACGAGGCAAUCUUUGACGUGGCCUUCCAUCCGUCGAAACCGUACAUUGCCAGCGCAGGGGCGGACGCCCUCGCAAAGGUGUUCGUCUGAGCAGGCGACGGCUGCCCCUCCAACUAACUUAUUAUUUCGGCCACCCGGAGAGAGAGAGAGAGAGAUACAGGUAAACAGCAAACCGAGAGGAGGAGGAGGAGGUGAACACAAACCCCGCCCCCAACGAGAGGACAGGAGCGCCACCACGUGGAGGACGUCUCUGCACCCCCCGCCUUUCUUCUCCCAGUCUGUAGGAAACGGUAGCGGAUAGUUUUGUGUUGUCUGCCGCAAACGCUCAGGAGGAAAAGUGGGCGCCGCCCUUCCCCGCCAGCAGUCUCGCCAUCGUGGACAGUGCGUCUUGGUCCAGUUUUAGCUUGUUUUUAAAAGUGAGGGAGGGAGAGAGAGAGCAGAAGACACUUUCCCUCUGUGACUGCUCUACACAAUUCUUUUGUUUUCCCUGCCCCCUCGCGACUUCUUCACCCCCCCACCCACCCACCCCCAUCCUCGUUUCCGGCAAACCUUCCCACGUUGGCGGAAGGAGCUGCUCUUUCGUUGGUAUGCCGACGUUCCGCCGAUUUUCGGCCAGGUCCACGCCGGUAGUGAGACAGUUGCAUGCACCAGAGCGUGGAAGGUCUCCCUCUUGUACUGCUUUUUUUUUCCUUGUCUUUAUUUUUGCUCUUAAAAUUAGUUUUUAAAGUUUAUAAAGCAGGUGGCAAAAACAGUGUUUGAAGUCGAAGUGUGAGUCAGCAGCACGUUGCUGCGAAGGAACGUUUCCGUGGUGUGCAAUAUUUGCACGGGGGAAUUUUACGAGGGCGUACGUACGUACAUUUCAAAAUUUGGCUGCGUCAGACAGAACGGUUACCUUUGCUUAAUAGGAAUCCCGUAACACUGCUUCUGCUGUGAAAGAACGUUAGUCUCGUGUACUAGGUCUGCGGCGACAGAAAUUGGGAACAUUUUUUUAAAUAUCCAAAUCGAGUCCUAACAUUUGGAACUUGUACAAAUUAGUUUUUGUUAAAGUACGAAAUGGGCAGAGAUGCAGACCGAAAAAAAAUUGACUAAUAAAUCUACCGAUGUAACCGUAAAUCUGCCGAUGUAAAUGUAUCGCCGAGAACAACACGAGGGGAGCAACGGCUCUCGUGUUCAGAGUUUUCGUACAAAGUUACCAAACUUACGAAAGCGUAGUACUUACACGAGCCCUUACUUGAACGACGUGUGACUACAGCGGCGUGUAUUUUUUCUGGUGGGUCCGUCUCGUGAAGAAAGUAGCUGGGCAUUCGUAUCCGCGGCGGAAACGCUAGCCGAGGGAGCAGGAAAACGAUCAACUGUACAAGGAUCGGUCCUCAGCGCCCCAGCAUUGGGGUGAUGCGGGGCGAGUGGAGCAGCUAACUGGGCGAGGGUGUGACAUCGAGGGCGCAAAAGACCGCGACACGCAGUGAGAAAGAGAGGCUCCUCCACCCUGUCCUAGGAUUAUUUAUUGUGGUGGUGUACAAACGGGAUUUUUUUUUCCCUCCCUUUUCGGAGAUCUUCCUCUUUUUGUGGGGGAGAGGAGGAAGGGGCAAGACAACAGGAAGAAAAACUACCUACCAACAACUACUCAUUUGCCUGUACAGUACUGUAUGUAGUCAUUUUUGAAUGUUUAGAUACUUUUUUUUUUUCUUGUGUCAGAGAAGUUGCGGAGAGAGUGUUGUGCGCAGGAGGCCCCGAAGAAGACCUUUAGGUUUUUAACAAAAAACAACAACAAAGAAACAAGAGCCGCCGCCGCCUGGUGGGGUCGAGGGAACGGAGGCCGGGCUGGCCGACAGCCCCUCGAAGAAGUGGUUUGUGGAUGAUAACCAUGAUGGUGAAAUAAAGAUUUGUGAAUGAUAAUGCU